CGUGUGUUCAACAACUUUACUUACCCCUCCCUUUCCUUUUUGCUUGGUUGAAAAAAGGCAUCGAUACACAGAUAUACUUUUUUACCUCUUUUUAUCCAUUCUUCGAUAACUGUCUUGUUCGAUAUUUCGCUUUUUUAUACAUUAUAUAUUUUUCAGUGACCGAUACCACCCUCCAUGGCCCAAACGGCAGCGUUAUCUUUUUGUUACGCUCCUCCGACUUCCCAACAAUACGAUCUCUGUGAGAAUAAGGACUUACGCAAUGCCUGUCAACAGAUCGUAGCACAGCAUAAUUGUCAGAUCGUCAUUACCGCAAACGACGCUUCGCAAACCAUCAAAUCGCUCGUCGAUACGCCCACCAACUACAACAUCACUCUGACCGGCGCUUUCAAUACCUUGAUGGCGGCUCGCGGUGAUCUACUUCGAAAUUGUCCUCUCAAGAUUCAAUUAACUCUUAAUAUCCCCGCUUCGGAAUGUUCCAAUCUUUCAUUAAUUCGAGAUCAUUGCAACAAGAUCGAAGCCGAGACCCAUACAACCAUCACUAUCGCUCCACCUCCCGCACGACGAUCGUCUUUCAGUUCUGAAAACUCAGUGGCCAUUUUGAUCACCGGCUCACCGGAUCACGCCGAGCUUGGUCGCGUACGAGUUUUGGUGAUGCUCGAUGAAUUGGCAAAUCUUCGUACUGAAACUGUCAAGAUCCCCCUCAAGUUUCAAUACCUUAUUUGCGGCAGAAGACGUGCCGGAUUGCAACCCAUUAUUGAGGAAACUGCUACCAAUAUCUAUUUGCCCUCGCCUUUCAUUACACCCUCCAUAUUGGAUCAGAUGCCCGAAGAUGAAUUUGCUCCUCCCAUUUAUAUUACCGGAGAACCAAGCAAUGUAUCACGCGUCAAGGAUAUGCUCAUGAAAUUGUCCACCCAAAAGGCCAAAUCCAUGUAUCAUAAGGAAACCAUGCUCCAUGAACAGAAAAUCGAUUGGAUGUUACUCCAUCGUCGCGAUGAAUUACGGAAAAUCAUGCAUGACAAUGGGUCUUUUAUUGAGUUGCCACUUGUCGGAUCAGGCGAGAAUAGAAUUGCAGUCUACGCUGAAAACCGUGUGAAUGUGGAACGCACCCUCCGGGCAUUAAACUUUCUGGCAUGCAGUAUCUACAAGGCGUAUUUCUAUUUCCAUGACCAUGAUGGCACUGUUUAUGAUGCCAGUGAUGGUCAUUCGUUCUUUGAUUCCAUCAGCAAUUUAGCCGGUCUCGCGUCUCAACUUUCGCAGGUUUCCGGUGCUGAAGUUACUUACAAGACAGAAUCAGGUUGCGUGGAGGUACUUGGCACCGAAAGAGCGAUUCGCAACGUGUAUCAGCGAUUGCAAGGCAUGAGCUUUCUCAAGGCGUUUCAUCAUUACAGUAUUUUCCGUGUCGAAUCAUCCAAUGAGCAACGCGAUUUCAUCAGUGGCAAAAAGAACGGAAAGAUCAACAAGAUUAUGAAAACUUCCGGGGCCAAAAUUCGAUUCUUGCCCGGGAUCAGUGACUACAAUUUUAUUAUCGAAGUGGAAAGCACCAGUUUCACCAAAGCGUUGGAUGGAUUGACAUUACUGCAAGAGGAAUUGCCCGCCGAGAUCUCGUUUUAUGUGCCUGAAUCAUAUCACAAACGGAUCAUUGGCGUCGGUGGCAAGAACAUCCAACGGAUCAUGAAAAAGUAUGGUGUUUACGUCAAAUUCUCCAAUACGGAAGAAUUUGCGUCCCUCGGUGGAUACUACGAUAAUGAAGAUAAUGUGGUGGCUCGUACCCCCAUGAAGAAUCAGAUUAACCUUGAUAAUUUGCGUCACGCCGUGAUGGAACUGAUUCACCCCAAAGAUCGCGAUUUCGUCACCCAAGUGAUUGCUGUCCCCUUUCGAUUGCAUCGCUUGCUCAUUCACAAGUAUCAAACCAGCUUUUUGACGGAAGAAGUAACCAAGAAAACCAAUACACGCGUCUUGUGGCCGGAUGGUGAACUUGCCAGUGACACUGUGACGCUGAUUGGUCCAGAGGCCCAAAUGAGCUUAGCCGUCCAGAUGAUUCAAAGCAUCGUGCCUGACGAAUAUGAUCUGCACGUUCCGUAUACAGCCGUUCUCGUUGAGACCCGACCUCCUCAUCAUCAUCAUCAACGUCCCCUUCCAUCACCGAUGGACCCGACUUUGUCUUACCACUGAAAAUGAACAAGGCGAAUAUGGACGCUUUGCCUGCUGCGCUCAAUAUCCUGAAUGAUUUCCUACGAAGCCGACGAGUCACCAUGUACGACGAUGCCGUCCGGGUGACUGUGGGU